UUCCGGUACGAAUACGACCCCCGGGAGCUCCAGUCCGCCAUUUUGUUUGUCUGCAGCGCAGCUAGCUUUGGGAACUGGCAACGCACGUCCUUCCUAACGUGUUGAGUUCUGGGGUCUUUCGUGUUUUGCUGGUCUGUCAGCGAGUUCGAGUCAGAUGCGUGGCCACCAGGUCUCAGCUUCUCAGGAAGAGGCCCUGCUUCAGGGCCCCAAGGUCGUAGUUACUGGGGCAACCGGUCUUUUGGGUCGAGCCGUCUGUCGAGAGUUUGAAAGCGGCGGCUGGAUAGUGAUUGGGACCGGAUACCGGAGAGCCAGGCCACGCUUUCUGAGGUGUGAUCUAACUGAUGAGGGUGCUGUCAAGAGGUUGCUUCAUGAGCACAAGCCUGAAGUGGUCAUUCACUGUGCAGCAGAGAGACGUCCAGAUGUCAUGGAGGGACACAAUGAGGCAGCCGUCAAUCUGAAUGUGCAUGCCACGAGCACGCUUGCCAAAGAGUCAGAAAACCAGAUAUCCUACCACUCCAAUCAGAAGAAAUCCAGUGAUCAUCAGGCCGAAUAUCCACAAAUCUUCCACGUCCUCGAUGGACAGCUGAGAGAGGCACACGAUUCGCCAGACCUCCCAAGAAUCGAGUGCAUAUCCCGAUGCGAAUGUCCCCUCGGGACAGCUGUAUGCGGCUCCUUCUUUACCUACAUCAGUACAGACUAUGUGUUUGAUGGUCGGAAUCCUCCAUACGGUGAAGAUGACUCUCCAAAUCCUCUCAAUGAGUAUGGACGAAGCAAAUUGGAUGGUGAGAGAGAGGUGCUAAGACAUUGUCCAGGUGCAGUGAUUCUGCGAAUUCCAGUUCUGUUUGGGGAGGUGGAGACGGUGACUGAGAGUGCUGUGACGUCACUGUGGCUGAAGGUUCAGGAGGCAACAGAAGAGAGCUGCAUACUAGAUCAUUGCCUGCAGAGAUUCCCCACCAGUACGCAAGAUGUUGCAACAGUUUGCAGGAAGCUUGCAGAGAGAGCACGCCAGGACCCUUUCAUUAGAGGAAUCUUCCAUUUUUCAGGUAAAGAGCAGAUGACCAAAUAUGAGAUGGCAGUUGCCAUGGCCCAGGCCUUCAACCUGCCUUCCAACCAUCUCAUACCACGGACGGAACUUUCUGCAGAUAUGACUUCUCGUCCAAUGAACAGUCAGUUGAGCUGUUCUCGUCUGGAGCUGCUGAAUUUGAGUGUUGAGCCACAAGCUUUUACUGCUGCCAUCACUGAUUGUCUGUGGCCAUUCACGGCAGACAAACGCUGGAGACAGACAGUCUUCCACUGAGACACAUCACCUGAAUUUACUUUUGAUCUUCUCUGUAACUUCACACAACUAAAAUAAAUUUAUUGAAUGUUG